CUGAUAAAACGAGUUGAGAUACGAAACGGUCCACGAGCCCAUGACACCCGAUUCGAUGUUGCGAUUCGGACACUCGCGAGGUUGUCUCGGGAGUGCCUUGUGCUGUGCUACGAUCACGAGAUGUGUUGAUAACCAUCCAAAUAAUAAAUUGGAAUAUAGUGCGGACCGCGGAGCGGAAACGGACCGUGUGGAUACGUGAGCGUGCGAGUUAGAGGGGCCACUGACGUCGCCAGCCCGCCGCCCCGUCCCUCCGUCCCUAGUGCCAAAAAUUUUGCAAUGUGAAAGUAUGAAGAAUUGUGCCACGCGCGACCUUUCCCGUUUAUCUUCUCUGCUGGUGUGACUAAGCGACUGGCUGCUGCAAAUAUGUGUUUUUUUGUACUGAUUGACCUUACGUUGUCGACAUGCAUACUGUCCACGAAAUUAUAUCCUUACUGGAGAGAAUCAAUAUCACAAAAGAGUUGUUGGAGACCACCCGACUGGGCAAGCAUGUGAACGAGCUAAGACGGAAGACGACGGACCCGAGCCUCGCGCGCCGAGCCAAGGUGCUCGUCAAGCGGUGGCGAGACCUCGUCAUACCCACCGUUGCAUCGCCCGGACACACAGGUUCAAACCGGUCGUCAGCAGAGCGGCAGGUGCACAGACGUCUCGGCGGCACUCCCCUCACGUCGCCGGCACUCUCCAGGGUACCUAUACAUCAAGUGGUGAGUCCGGCGGUGAAUAGCCCGCGGCCGCCGUCCAGACCCGCAUGGGGAGGUUACGAGUCGGACUCUCAGGAUGUGAUCCUGGUGGACGACGAGCCGGCCGCGCCCCCCGCGCCCCCUGCGCCCCCCGCCCCCAUCGCGCCCUCCCCACUAGCACACACACACAAACCUAGCACGCCGCCUGUAAAAAGACCGCCCUCCCCGGAACCAUUGUAUGAUGAAAAGAAAGCGAAAAGAGACAAAAAACCUAAGAAAAAAAGAGGACACAGUCGCGCUGGCUCGGGUACGGAAGCGACGGGUCCCGUGUCGGUGGGGGGCCCGGUGGUGCCGGCGGGGCCCGGGGCGGGGGCUCCAGGGGCGCUGGGCCCCUCGGCUGGGGUGCCCGGGACGCAGGCACCCGCGGCCGUGGCGCCCGGGGCCGCUAGCUGGGCGGGCCGCAACGGCACGUCCCACGAGCGCCGCCGCAAUGGCACCAAGCGACACGCGUUGGAUUCAUACGCUGCGCUUGUCAACCGUAUGCCUCCCGCUGGUGCUAAGAAGGUUAAAACGACAAAGGAGUUAUUGGAACAGAUCCAGUCGCGCGGCAGCAAGCCGGCCGCGUCGCCUGCCUCGCCGCGCUCCCCCGCCUCGCCCGACGUCAUGCUAAUAGAACCCGACACGUUCGUGAAGGCGGAAUCUCCACUGCGGAACGGCGGCACGACGCCCCGCCCCCCGUCCCCCGAGCCCGAGCCCGCGCCCCCGCUGUCCCCGCUGGAGGAGCCGCGCGAGGAGCUGCACUGCACGUGCGACGAGUUCGAGCACGAGCUGUGCCCGCUGCGCGCCGCGCACGAGCAGCCCGUGCAGCCGCGCCACGUGCACGCGCUGCACCACGCGCUGCUGCCCGGCCUCAACGGCACGCGCGCGCCGCCGCUGCCGCAGCGCUUCGCGGUCCGCGCCGCGCCGCACCCCACGGAGCCCGACCUCUUCGCCAGCGUCGUGCCGCUGUACAAGUACUCGGACUACGCCGACGACUACUGCGUCAAGAACAUGUCGCGCGUGCCGCUGUGCUCCCACCUGCCCUGGACCCAGUUCGCGCCGCCGCCGCCCGACCUGCCCCCGCCGCCCGAGCCGCCGCCGCUGCGGCCCUACCCGCCCAUCGACCCCGACCCGGCGGAGCCCAGCGACGGUGACGCCGAGUCGGACGAGGCGGACGUCAAGCCGGACGUGAAGCCUGACGUGAAGCGGGAACCCGAGGAGCUGCCGAUAGUGGAGGCCGAGCCCGUCGGCGUGCCGACCCUCGAGCAGAGCGAGAGACUGAAGGCGCCGCUACUGUCGGCCGAGGAGGAGUCGCAGCUGGGCGUGCCGCGGCGCGGGCCGGAGUCGCCCCCGCGCCAGUUCGCGGCGGCCGCGCCGCAGCACCGCAGCGUGCCGCGCACGAGAACGGACGGCGCCUCGCUGCUGGCGGCGGCCGGCGACGCCGCGGCGCGCGCGCCGUACACGUACGCGCAGCUGGCCGGCGCCGCCGUGCUGCCGCGCGCCGCGCUGGACAGCGACGCGGCGCUGGAGGCUGCGCUGGCGGCGGCGCCGGACGAGCGCGACGCGCUGGGCCGUCCGGCGCGGCCCGCGCGCUUCGCCGAGUGGCACGAGUGCGCGCGGCUGGGCGAGCUGGUGGCGCUGCCGUACGUGGUGCUGGACUGACGGACUCGUGCCGGACGUGGUGCUCGACUGACGGACCAGUGCCGGACGUGGUGCUCGACCGACGGACCGGUGCCGUACGCGGUGCUCGACUGACGGAUAGUGCCGUAGUGCCGUAGUGCCAAAUGCGUGUCGCCCGCGCCGCCCACACCCAAGUGUCCUUACGUUAGUUAUAGUGGCCGGCCGGCGGAUACAUGCCUAGUCAUAUAUAUUUAUUUUGUAACGGCCGACGACGAGUCGUGGCGGGCGGGUCUCCCGCGCCCGCUUGUGAUAUUAUGUAGGAGGCCGCCUGGGGGACGCCGAUACAUUCCCGGUCGAGACACGCGCGACAUCACACCGCGACCGAGCCGCAGACUGAAGCCGCGCCGCGCGCGAUGUGCCGGCCUCUUGUAUUUUUGUAAUUAAUAGUACAUGCAUUGCUCACAUAUGGUGCCACGCAUCGCGCGCGGGCUCGGCGCCGAGUGAUGGACUGCGGAGCCCCUCGGCCUCGCGCGGCCUCGCUCUCCGGUCCACCACUACUUGUAUAGUUAUAGAGUUCCCAAAUAAGAUUAAAAUAAUAAUCUCCCGACUGUUUCAUAAGUUGUCGUUACCUUUUGUGAUUUUUAAAAUGAAAGAAAGAAAAAAUUAGGUAAUUAAUAAAUAAUUAAAUAGGAGUUCCAAUUGUAUAUUAUACAUAAUUAUUGCAUCUAUCAUGCGUCGAAAUAUCAAUGAUAAGGGAAAGAGAAUGUUAAAUUUUAUAAAUAUAAACAUUUACUAUAUGAAAAGUUGUACCAAAUUGUUGUUGUUGAUGUAUAGACGGCGCACACCGCGGGGGCCGGGCCACUCUGUACAUAGUCUAGUUCCCGUCACAAGCUUCCGUAGUAUGAACAACCGUCCAUCGCACCGAGUGGGCAGGACGUUAGUAUUUACAACUAUCGCAUGGGAUCACGUAGUAGUGUCUGUACACGCGAACGCUUGUGUCGCGGCCGCCGCGGUGUGCGCGGUCUCAUAAGAAUAUAAUUGUCUGUUACUAUAUAAUUAACAAGAAAACUAAUUAUUAUCAGAUUAUAAAAUUAUCACAAAAUUGUAAAGUUCCUAGUUUUGAUUCCGUUUAACAAAGCGAGCACUGUAUGGUAUGUAAUGACAAUUUGGUAAAUUUUUCACCAUUAUCUUGUAUGAAAAAGACAAGUUUUGAGUAUCUAUAGUUGAAUAUUGUUACAUACAGUUUGUUAUCACGUUUACAAAGAUGCCAAAUGAUAGCCGCUGUGCGGUGAUUUACUGUAUGUGUUGUGUUUAUGGUGAUUGUGAUGCGAACGUGCGAGCUUUUAUGUUUUCGCUGAAUAAUACGUUUUUGUAAAAGUUAAACUCUUUAUUUUUAAUUUACCGUUAGGUUUAUGUAUAAUUGUGUUGUUUCGAGAGACGGACGAGUGUUGUUGGUGUUGCAAUAGUACACAGGCACCAACAUUGUGGUGAUAUUCAACCAUAGAUACCGCGGCUCGUACGUACGAGCGAGCGACCGGCGGCGCGUGCGACAGACCGACCCGAACGUGCAGCCUCUAGACAAUCAAUAAGUGCCUAUGACCUGUCGCAUGUCGCAGCCCGCCUCGCGAGUGAGGCCCAGUCGCAGGUCGCCGGUCGCGGGUCGCACGGUAGUGUUGUUAGUAGCGAGUGUCGCAGUCGCGUCGCGUCGCCGAGUCGCGCGCGACUACCGCCACGUUCGAGGGCCUUACGUGCGUGCUGCGGGUGAAGCCGUCGCCCCGCGGCGGCGACGUACCCCGUCACUGCCUUGUUGGACGAGAUCCAAAAACUUUGCUAAACAAACGAAAAUAUAUAUAUCACUGUGUUUUUAUUA